AGAACAAGAGGUACGCUAACAGCGCUGAUGAGCAGUCGCUCCAAGGCGUCCCAUGAAGGUACCCCCUUGGCGUAGCUGCAGCUAUCUCAUCUAGUGAAAAAUAAUCCCAGAAACCCAAUUAUAUCGUCGAGCGCUUCGAAACGAACGAGUGCCAGGAUGUCCUACGGAAAGUUGCACGUUCUUCCACUAAGUCUCUUUAUUCUGAUUCCGGUAACGUUUCUAAUUACAUACACUAUGUCGGUGCAAUGGGACCACGUAGUACCAGGAUUUCCGUACAUAUCGGAAACAGGCACCUUGUCUCCGGAAUCGUGUAUAUUUGCCCAAUUCCUUAAUAUAGCUGCAUUACUCCUCGCCUGUUGCGUAUACAUUAGACAUCGACAAGUUUCCCAAUGGCAAUUCGAAAGGGGCAACGAUCUCGUUAGCAAGAAAAUCGUUGUUGUGACGGCAUGGUGCGGCGUUCUAGGUUGCUUUGGACUCGAUAUUCUGGCGAAUUUUCAAGAAGCCCGUGUUGUCGCGGCUCAUAUGAUCGGAGCAAUGACUUGUUUCACGGCUGGAACCAUUUACUUUUGCCUGCAGACAUAUUUAAGUCACAAAAUGGUACCAGCAGUGAAUGGCAGAAUUGUAGUAUACAUUCGUGCAGCACUUUCGGUGUUGACGCUAAUUUUGACAAUUACCACGAUCCUACCUGGCUACAUUUCAAUGUUAGAAUUUCAAGGCGAUGAUUACAAGAAAUGGCUACCAACCGACGGUGGCUGGGCCUGGCACGUCGCUAGUGCCAUUUCCGAGUGGGUUCUAGCGAUUGUAUAUUGCGUUUUCCUGCUAACGUUCGUGCCAGAAUUUCGAUUAAUCAAUUUCGAGGAUCCUGUGGUUACGUUGAUAUAUCUAGACAAGGAUCAAGAUUUGAAAUUACCACACAAGCUAAAUCCACCAGUUCAAGAAUCCCCACAAACGCACACAGGAAACAUGGACAAGGAGGAUUUCCUGGUCAACCUCCAUUAUCUUCCGAUUAUCCUGUUCAUUUCGUUGCCUUCUGUCUUUAUUUUGACUUACAUAAUAGCAGUUCUAUUGGGUCAUGUGGAAGCCGAGUUUCCUUACAUCUCGGAUGCAGCUACUUAUGCACCGGAAAGCUGCAUAUUCGCCCAGUUUAUCAACAUGAUCGCGAUGCUCAUGUCGUUCCUCGUCUACAUAAGAUACUCUCAAGUGAAAGAAUGUUCGAGUACGUUUAGGUUGCAACAUUCUCUACCGAAAUGGAAUCAUUGGGCCUUGAUUUUUGGCCUAAUAUCGACGUUUGGCCUCUCGGUGGUCGCGAACUUUCAAGAAACAUCUGUCAUAGUGGUACACUUUAUUGGCGCUCUUCUAUGUUUCGGUGGUGGAACUGCAUACUUUUGGACACAGGCCGUGUGUUCGUUCUACCUGCAUCCACUCGGAUGUUCGUUGAAACUGGCUCACCUUCGGGCGGCAUUAUCCACCUUUUGCACCGUUUGUUUCGUCGUAACUCUCAUCACUGGCGUGCUGGCACGCUUGGCCUAUAAGGGUACGAAUCCUCGGAAAUGGUACAAGGAAGAUGGCGGAUGGGAAUUGCACGUGGCUAGCACUAUCACUGAAUGGCUGUGCGCUGCAGCAUUCUGCGUGUACAUUUUGACAUUCACCGAAGAAUUUCGCGAUGUUAAAGUCACUCAUCCAAAGGUUAUAUCCACCCUUAACCGUACAAGAUUGAGCAACGAAGCGCUGAACGAAAGCCAGGACUCCGCAAUGGGUCACAAUCGAGAUGCAACAACGAUCACCUGAUCGCUCAUAGGCAGAGGCGCCGGUGGUUACGUCA